CCACCUAGAGGAAGGACUCGAUCCAGUCGUUGAUUGGCUUAUAAGCAGAUACAUAAACAAUUCCCUUCGGUAACAGGUAUCAGAAGAGGUUUUAGUUCCUCUCUGAAAAACACGUUAGGAUCAAUCAUGAUCCUCACCGCGCUUGCAAUUUGCUCUCUCGCAUCCCUAUGGGCACCCUCUGCGGGAUAUAUUACCUAUAUUGAAGUUCGACUUCCUUUACCGGGUGAAAGAUCUCCACCUGGAUCCCCAUGGCCUUUCCCAAAAUCAUGGGAAUGGUCUACAGAGUUACGAACCAUAGAUCCUGAAAAGUUCUACAUCAGUUCUACAGCCUCCGACUGUGACGUCAUCGAUGACAGUCUCCAACGCUAUAAGAAGAUGAUCAUGAGCAUGAAAGGCAAGAAGCACUCUAGUCACAAUGAGCUCGAUGGACUCCACGUGAAAGUACAAAGCGAUUAUGACUGUGGAUAUCCUAAACACGAAGAUGAUGAAUCUUAUUCUAUUUCUAUUCCUGCCAGUGGUUCAGCAGAAAUCACGACUAAAACUAUAUGGGGUGCUUUGAGAGGUUUGGAAACAUUCAGUCAGUUGAUUUAUCAAGAUGAAAAUGGCCAUAACCUCAUUAAUGCAACAAGCAUUGAAGAUGAGCCAAGAUUUAAAUACCGAGGUAUGCUAUUGGACACAGCCAGACAUUAUCUACCAAUCAAAACUCUCAAGAAGAAUUUGGAUGCUAUGUCUUACAAUAAGCUCAACACAUUCCAUUGGCACAUUAUCGAUGACCAAUCAUUCCCUUUCGAAAGCAAAAUUUUUCCCAAUCUCACAAAGUUGGGUGCUUAUAGUCCUAAACACGUUUAUACCCAUGAAAAUAUUCGGGAAUUGAUUCAGUAUUCCCGAAAUCGUGGAAUUCGAGUUAUUCCGGAAUUCGACACUCCAGGACACACUCAGGCAUUGGGAAGAGCAUUUCCAGACAUUCUUACUCCCUGUUACGGAGAUGGUCCAGAUGAGCCCUAUACUCCCUAUUAUCCAGAGCAUGCUGCAGCAGAGAUCCUAAAUCCAAUGCUUGAUAAGACCUAUGAUGUAUUCAAGACAUUGGUUCAAGAAGUGAAAAGCGUAUUCCGUGAUGAAUACAUCCACCUUGGAAUGGACGAAGUAUAUUAUGCUUGUUGGAAAUCUAAUCCAGAAAUUACUGAGUUCAUGAAGAAGCACAACUAUACGGAUUAUAAUCAAGUUGAACAACAUUACGUCAAGAAAACACUCAAAAACGUCAAAGAUACAGGGUACAAAUACAUGAUCUGGCAAGAUCCUAUUGAUAAUGAUGUACAAGCUGAACCAGAUUCCAUUGUCGAAGUUUGGAAAGAUACUUAUCUUGAUUACAGUAUGGACAGAUGGGAAAACUACAUAGUUCCCGUCGCUAAAAAAGGUUACCAGAUCAUUUUGUCUGCUUGCUGGUAUUUAAAUUACAUUUCUUACGGCCAAGAUUGGAAGCGAUAUUACGAAUGCGAUCCUCAAAACUUCAAUGGUACAGAAGCUGAAAAAGAUUUGGUGAUUGGUGGUGAAGCAUGCAUGUGGGGAGAAUAUGUGGACGGUACAAACAUUCUGUCUAGACUGUGGCCAAGAGCAUCAGCUGUUGCGGAAAGAUUGUGGAGUCAAUCUUACGUUACAGAUCCUGAUAGUGCUGCAUUCAGACUGGACGAACAUCGCUGCAGAAUGUUAAGACGUGGCAUUCCUGCUCAACCUGUUCUAAAUGGCUUCUGCGGAGAUUAUGAGUGGGAUAUGGAAGAAUAGCUUUCGUAAUUCAUGAGUCACCUAGUUCACAAGAUCAUCAUUGAAGUAUAAUUUUCCAAGAAAUAAAGACGCCUGUGAUUGAAAAUUUAUUUGUACAACAAAUGAUAAAUAAAUUUUAAAAAAACUGAAAAUAAACAGUAUUUUAUUUAAA